AUGGAUGAAAGAGCGGCUAAACUAGCGGCAGCACGACAAAAGCUAAAACAUCACCAAGAAAAAAAGAUACGUACAGAGAACACUAAGCCUUCCAGUCAAUACGAUGUAUCCAAAGAGGAAAGGUUACAGGCUGUUCAAAAAGAAAGGGAUAACUUAAGUUCUCAUUAUGAACACUAUGUUAGUGAUUUAAACACUCAAUUGAAAACAAUAGGAGUGAAAAAUAAUAGUCUGAGUCAAGAAAUAAACCAAUUAUAUAACAGAGAAAACAGCCUUGUAGAACAAAUUAGUGAAUUGGAGAAAAGACUUCAAAGCUACCAAACAAAAAUAUUGACUGAAGAAAGUGAUAAGACUAAAGAGCUUCAGGAAAAUAUCAAAAAUUUUGAAAAUAAAUAUCAAGAGUUACAUUCUCUGUAUGAUGAACUUCAGCUUAAAUAUAAGGAAAGCCAAGAACAUUUAGAGAAAUCCAGUAAAAGUAAUAUAAUUGAAUGUGAUAAGGAUGAAAUAAGUAUUUCAAAACUUAAUGCAGACAUUACCAGUGACAAAAUUGCAGCUCAGAGGGCUACAGAGCAGAAUAAAAAAUUGAAAACAGAUUUGGAGGAAUUAGAGUUUGCAUUUGUGAAAAUGAGUAAAGAUAAAUUAGACUUAACGGAAAAAUUAACUUAUGAAAAGCAAUUGAGCAAAGAACUGAUGCUCAAAUUGGCUGACAUAGAAGAAAACAAUAAAAGCUUGUUUAAUAAAAUAAUGGCAAAGGAUGAGGAAAUGAUUAGACUACAAAAUAGUUACCGGGCUUUAGAGAAAGACUAUGAGGAGGUUCUUUCAAAAUGCCAAAAACAUAUUGAAAAUGAGAAAAAUAUUGUUCUCAAUGAUGAAAUAGAUAUCAAGUCCAAUGAAAAAGAGGUGCCUUUUGUAAGCGGAGACAAUGAGGAAAAGAAGGAAAGUAUUGAAACUGAUGAGGAACUGAGGGUGACUAAGGGAAAAGGAGAUGGUAGUGGUGGAUUG